CGCAAACCAUAUGACCAAAGAUGGCGUCCUGUCCCGUCCGUUCCUGUCCCCGCCGGCCUUCUUCCCUCAUAUCUGCUGCCUCUUUGCACCCCGCACCCAUCCAAGCACCCAUCUCAUAAUGAGCGAGCCCCAAAUCAUCGAAAUUGGCGUCUAUCCCAAGGAUGUCAACCGCCGCCUGAACGCCCUCAAGAACAUCCAGGACGAGCACGCCAAGAUCGAGAGCCAGUUCCGCGACGAGGUUCUUGCUCUUGAGAAGAAGUACCAUGUCAGAUACCUGCCCCUCUACGAGAAGCGCGCCGAGAUCGUGAGCGGCAGCGUCGAGCCCACCGAUGCUGAUUGCGAGCGCAGCCCCGAAGACCAGGAGGAGGAGAGCGAGGUUGUCGAGCCCGCCACCGGCAUCCCCAAGUUCUGGUUCACUGCCCUCUCGAACAACCCCUACCUCAGCGAGUUGAUCACUGCCAAGGACGAGGAGGUCCUCAAGCACCUCGUUGACAUCAAGUCGCACUACCUUGACGACAACGCCGGCUUCAAGCUCGAGUUCUUCUUCGAGCCCAACGAGUACUUCAAGAACUCUGUCCUCACCAAGACCUACUACCUCACCAACCCCCCUGACGCCCACGUCGGCGAUGUCCUCUUCGACCGCGCUGAGGGCACCCCCAUCGAGUGGAACGAAGGCAAGGAUCUCACUGUCACUGUUGAGAUCAAGAAGCAGCGCCACAAGGGCACCAACAAGACCCGCACCGUCAAGAAGACCGUCCCCGCCGAGUCCUUCUUCACUUUCUUCAGCCCCCCCAACCCUCCCACCGACGAUGCCGAUGUCGACGAGGAUCUCCUCGACGAGAUUGAGGAGCGCGUCGAGGCCGACUAUGAGGCCGGCGAGAUCAUCAAGGAGAAGAUCGUCCCCAACGCCGUCGACUGGUUCACCGGCCGUGCUCUCGAGUACGAGGAUGACUUUGAUGGUGUUCCCCCGUGGGCUGAGGAUGAUGACGACCUUGAUGAGGAUGAUGAGGACGAUGACGAUGACGAAGAUGACGACCAGGAGGCCCCCCAGGGUGAUAAACCCCCGGAAUGCAAGCAGCAGUAAAUAGCCUCGGGUGAGGAUCUGGACCGGCCGAAUCAAAUAGGAAGAAAGGAAGUUGGAAGGCAAACGCAGUGUACUGUGAAGAUUUGUCCCUGCUCCUUCACAAACCUCCAUCCGUAAUGGCCCUGACGAUUCGCCCAGUGUGUUUCGCUUCAGGCAGAUGUGCUUCUGCCUGCUGCUUCUCUGUCCAGCACUUAGCCACCUUGUGUACAUAUCAAGUUCUCACUCCCCUCCCCUCAGCGGCAAGAGAGGGGGGGGGCAAUCAGCCCGAUGCGGCAUUUGCACCAACAAUGCAACAGAGAUGAUGUUAUUGAUCCA